GUGUAAUCAGAGGCCCUGCGCUGCGGCGCCAGUUGCCGGGCAACCUGCAGACUCAGGCCCGGACUGACCAGACUCUCCUGUCUGAAGCUUUCUGAAGGCGGUUUUUGGAGGAAUCGCGCUAGUUAUUUUCCCAGCCCUUCUAACUCUGAACCUCUUCUUACUGAGCUUGUUAGGUGAAAUCAGGCUAGCUGUCUCUUGUGCCCCUCGCCUGUCCUGUGUAGGAAUCCCAGAUAGGUAGGGGAUGGGGAAUUCCUUCUGCUACGCUGCAGGUGCUCUGAAGUAUAAUAUAAUUUGGGAGCCAGGGGAGUGAUGUGGGUGAGAAAGGUGUUACUCUGUUUUGUUUGAAAUUAGGAAUGACCUAAGUUUGAAUUCAGAUAUCUGGGUCUGUAGUCGUGUGGGAUCCAACAUAGACUUGGUCCCUACCUUCAUGUAGCUUAAAUACUAAUUGUAUUUACAGCUCUUUCUUUUUUCCUUAUUUAUGAGCUGAAUUAAAUCAGUUUAUUUUUUUUUCAUUUUUUUUCUGAUUUGGUAUAAGUAACAUAAUAGCCAGUAAUACUACCAAGAGAGAAGGGAUAAUAAUUGGAAGUGGAAAUAGUCAUCCUUAAAAAAAAAAUGAGGGAAAUGGGAAGUGUGUUCAGUUAUUUUUGGUAGCGCUAAAGACAUUAGCCAACAGUAUAUAUUAUAUGCUAGCAAUAUCACCCCAUGACAUGCAGCUAUUUGGGGAAAGAAGCCAUUUAGAAGUGCUAUCCCUUCCUUUCUUUUGCUACUCCCUAGCUCCAGUAUAGCCCAGCUGGAUAUUCAGUGCUUAACGACAAAGACAACCCUUGGCAUAGGUUUCAAAGAUUUGCUCACAGCCAGUUGUUUGCUGAUUCCUGUGCCACCAAGUUUAGAUUUCUAAUUCUUUAGUCCAUACAGCUAAUUCCCCUCGAAUUCUUCUACUACCUGUACCAGUGAGGAUGUAGUACUGAAAAGAGAUCUGAAACCCAAGUAGUGAAUUCGGGUCUGCAAUAACUGGCAAACCAUUUAGCAAAGUACAGUUCACUUUUCUGGGUCUCAGCUGGCUCGGUUUGAAAAUCAGAAGGUUGAGCUGUUUUUGUCUUUGAAGCCCUGUCAAAAUCUUAAAAUCAUCUACAUAGGGUGUCAGUUGCCUGACUGCUCUAAUUCUAUAGAUCCGGAAGUGUUCCAUAUAUGACGGCAUUGCCCUUUGAAUACUCUUACUAUAUCUAAGUUAACCACUUUUGUGUUAUGGCAUUCUGAAUUAACUGACUUUACUUAUUUAAAAAACAUUUGUUAAGUUCCUACUACAUUGUGGGCUUUCUAAAUCCUGAGACAUAGGGUGAGCAAAUAUGAGGCUUACAGUCUAGCAUUAAGGACUAAUAGUUAUAAUGCAAUGCUUUAAACAUCUUAUCUAAUUGAAGAUAGAAUUUAUAUGUUGGCCUUGUGAUUAUGUUACAGUUAGAUGCAGAGAAAUGAAAGGAAUCUAAGAAUAUGUGUAAAAUGUAUACAUAUAUUUUGCUAUGCAUUAAUUUACUAUUGACUAAAUAUUUACUACCUAUGCUUUAUUAAGGGCAGGAGACACGAACUUUCAUGGUCUUGACAGUUUAUUAGGGAAAUGAAAAUCUAAUGACAGUGAAGAGUGAAGACUGUCGUGAUUGGGGAAGUAGAGGAACUGGGGGUCCUGGACAUUUGAGGAUUUAAAUGUUGCUGCUUUUUAAAUUUGCAAAUAAAUUAUACUGAUUUGAAAUGACCUAUAGUGAUUUGAAAUAGCUAUAACUGUUACUAGGAUAUAAACAAUUGAGAGACUAAUGUGUGGAGAAAAUCACUUUGCUGAUUGUUCAGCAUCCUUAUCUCAACUUGGGUUGGUUAGCGAGUAAUCAUCAUUGCAAAUACAAUAAUUUGUGUGAUUAAACAACCAACCUAACACUGGCCUCCGAAACAAAACAAUAGCAACUUUUAAAAGUUGCUUCUUUGUGAAAAAUAGCUCUGGAAAGAAAGCCAUCUGUAGUGCUAUAGGAGAAUUUUUGAGUCUAAUGAUUUGUAUUUUUUUUCCAGAAUAUGUUUACUAUUGGUUGAUAAGUCUCCUGACUUGACUUAGAGUGGAAUUCUAGGCUUAUGGCAAGGAAUUUUUAGAGGAAGAGGCUCUAGGGAUGGGGUGAAGAGAACCAUAUAGAUAAGUUAGUAAGGAAUUGGGAUAUCUUUCAGGUAAGAUUUCAUUGGCCAUGAAAUAAAAAUAUAUUUUAAUAAUAAUGAUGGCUACCAUUUAUUGAAUGUUACAUUAUUCUAACAGGAAAAGUACUAACGUUAAAUUCACUUUACCUAUUAUGUAGAAACAUUUGUUCAUAAAGAUUUUUUACUCAAACUUAAAUUAUGUGAAAGUGGCAAAAAUCAGGAUUACAAUGUAUGUCUAAUUCCAAGCUGGCAGGAUGCCAUGCUCUCUUUCCUUUAAAAAACAAAACAGAAAUAAUUUAUUGUUAAAAUAAAUCCAAGACUAUAGAAAAAGAAAGUAUGAAUAAAUAUCUAAAUGUGAAAUUAUCCUUAGUAAUAUAAAGGUGAAGUAUAAAAUAUACAAAAUUUCAAUGAAAUGUAUUCAUUUGAUUUUUAUUUUGUACAUAUUUGCAAAUUGAUUACUUUCAACAUCCUUUUGUAAGCAUUUUUACCAAUCACCACAUUAUUACUAAUUGGACCAUUUACUCCAUUUUAUUCUUUGUUCUAGAUGAAGAAUACUGCUUGUUAAAAGUAUUUUCAUCAGGCUACUCUGGCAAAACCGAAACUCAUAAAGGUUUGGGAAAUGAGUAAAGGAAAUAAAGGUAUAUCUCAUGGUGGUAGUACAGAAGAGGGAGAUGCAUUGGUUUUCUAUUUUUGCUGUAAAAAAAUUUAAACUUACUGGUUUAAAACAACAUAAAUUUAUUUUAUAGUUGGAGGUCAGAAGUACAACAUUAGUCUUAAGGGGCUAAAAUCAGGCUGUCAACAGGGCAGGUUCUUUCUGGAAGCGCCAGAGGAAAAUCCAUUCCUUGCCUCUUCUGCCUUCUGGAGGCUGCUCAUGACCUCUUCCUCCAUCUUCAGAACCAGAAUGCUUGACAUCUUCACCCCUCUCUGUCGUAUGCUUCCAUCCUUACAUCUUCUCUGUUUCACUCUGUUCUUUCUGCUUCCCUCUUAUAAGGAUUCUGGUGGUUACACUGAGCCCACCAGAGAAUCCAGGAUAAUCGCCCCAUCUUAAAAUUCUUAAUUCAAACACAUCUGAAGUCCUUUUUGUCAUGUAAGGUGGUAUAUUUACAGGGUCUGAGCAUUAAGAUAUGGCCUUCUUUGGGGGCCCAUUAUUCAUGCUAACACAGGGCAUAAUGUGAUUGCCCUACAAAAAGUUGAUAUUGGUAAAAGCACCAAAAGUGAUUAACCAUAUGAUUUUUUUCCAGGUAAACUUGUUAGGUAAUUUGUAUGACUUAUUUAAAAUUAGAGUAAGAAUUAUCAUUUAACAUUUACUCUACCUUUUUCAAAGUAUACUGCGUGGUAAAUACAGGAACUUGAAUGGAUUUAGAGGUUAAAGGAGUUGCUGCCACUUCUAGGAGCCAAAUUCAGCCAUUCUUUGGAAGAAAGAAGCCACUACAACAAAGGUGGACUUCUGAAUCAUGGACAAACCGGAAUUCUUGCCCACCAGUGGUCCCACGACUUGAUUUGGGAAGCCUUGUUGACUCUGAUGAUGAGAAUGGAUCUUCAGCUAGGAAACAAGGUACAAGCUUACUAGUAUUUAAGGAUCAGAACCUGAUACCUGAAAAUUUGCCAGCACCAACAGACAAAUAUAAACUAAAAUAUCAGCAAUAUAAAAUGGAAAUGAAAGAGGGCUAUAAGCAGUAUAGUCAGAUAAAUGCAGAAAAUACAAAAUCAAAUGUUACACAUCAACAGUCUCCAAGAAACAAGAUAGAUGAAAAGACAUUUGAUAAGAAAGCGGAUUUUAAGUGUCUUAACGACACACACACACAUAUACGCAGACAAAUACAAAUGUGCGUGCAACAUAAAGAAGCCAACACAGAUGACCUUACAACUCUGGAUAGGAAAGCCCUCUUACAGCAAGGUUAUGCGGACAACCCUUGCGAUAAACAACAGAGGGCAAGAAAAUUGGAUGCAGAAAUUGUGGCUGCAGAGAAGAAGAAACAGAUUGUUGCAGAGCAAGUCAUGAUAGACCACUUAUCUAGGGCUGUAAUCAGUGAUCCAGAACAAAAUUUAGCCAUUGAGCAAAAAGAAAGUGAUCAUAUCCUUCCAGAUUCAAAGAUGACACCUCUUCGAUUUAGAAAAAGAACACUACAUGAAACAAAGAUAAGAACUCAUUCUACAUUAACUGAAAAUAUGCUUUCUCAUAAAUUACAAUUUGAUGGUAGGAUCAUGUCACGUAAUGGACGUGAUGCUUGCAGAGAGCUGAUUGGGUUCUUUUUCACUCAUGACCAAUCCCUUACAAUUUAUGAAUAUCGACAAUUUGGGAAAAAUAGAACAAUUGUGCUUCCUUUUAUUCAAAAAAGCAUUUAUAGUCAUCAAUGUGGACGAAGAAAAGGAAAACAAUACCGACUUGGUGAUUUUUAUGUUGGUGCAACUUUGACAUUUUUGAGUUCUGAUCAUGCCAGCCUUCCAGAAAGCAUCAAAGAAAACACAUUUCUUAAACUCCGAAUCACACAUAUUGAUCAAAUAGCUUUGGAUUCUCUCAAAACUGCUUCUAUGGACCAGGAGGAUGAUAUAGUCAUUCAAGAAACCAAUGAUAGGCUGGUCUUCAAGGCAAUUCAAGAUGUGCUAAAAGAAAAACUACAUAAAAGAGGUGUUCGUAUUUUGACUGGAUUGGGAAAAUACUUUCAACAGUUGGACAAGGAAGGAAAUGGACUUUUAGAUAAGGCAGAUUUUAAGGAAGCUCUAAAAGUGUUUCACUUAGAAGUGUCUGAAAAGGAUUUUGAGUCUGCAUGGCUAAUUCUGGAUGACAAUGGCAAUGGUAAGGCUGAUUACGGAGAAUUCAAACGUGGUAUUAUUGGUGAAAUGAAUGAAUAUAGGAAAUCAUAUGUUCGAAAGGCCUUUAUGAAACUGGAUUUCAACAAAACUGGCAGUGUGCCUAUUACAAACAUAAGAAAAUGUUACUGUGCAAAGAAGCAUUCUCAAGUAAUUUCAGGCCAUUCAACAGAGGAAGAAAUUAAAUCAUCCUUUCUAGAAACGUUAAAAGUUGCCUGCAGCAAGUCUGAUGAAGUUUCAUAUGGUGAAUUUGAAGAUUACUAUGAAGGUUUAAGUAUAGAAAUAAUAGAUGAUGAAGAUUUUGUUACCAUCUUGCGUACUCCAUGGGGGAUUUAGUCUUUAAUAAUACAUAUGUCAUCAGCACUAAGCAUUUUAUUGGAGAGAUGAUUUCAGUGUAAAGGAUGAUCAAACACUGGAAUAUAUUUUCCUAGGACUUCCUUUAUUCUGUUUUUUUUUUUUUCGUUGAGUCUGGAAAGAACUAUCCAGAAGGAUAGAUGUAGGGGCAUGUGAGUGUUUGUGCAUGUAUAUGCCUGCUCACAUGUUCAUACAUUUGUAAAGGUGUCUUUUUGGUUUAUUACUUAUCUUGCAUAUAUUUUAGAGGUCAUUUUUUAUUAACUUCAAUAGGAAAGUUACAUCUGCAUCAAACAAUAUGGCAGCAUGUAUUUAUUAACCAAGUUUCCUGUCCUUUCACAUUGUUUUUAGCUAUCUCUUCCUCAGAAUAUAUUUGCCACCAUUGUCAAUUUGAUAAAUUAGAAUUGGGCCUAAAGCCAGUGAAAUAAUUCAACGUGUUUUUAACAUAUGAAUAUAUUAAAGAAUAUGCAAGAGAAAUGUUUCAAGCAGUGUGAUUAUAGAUGUUUUCUGUAUAUAGAAUAUUUAGAAUGAUGGAGGUUUACCCCUAUGAUGCUCAUUUAAAUACUGACUUGUCUUGUAAAUCUUUGUCUUCUAAAUUAUGUACUGUUGUUGGUUAAAUAGAGCACAAUGUAGUUUUUCUAAUGACCAGUUGUAUUUGUUCUUUUAUUCUGUUUUAAAACAGCAUCCUUUUUACCAGCAUACAAUUGUUAUUUAGCUAGAAACAAUACAAUAUGAAUGGGAAAUGUUCUUUAUUAAGAUCAAUACAUUAUCUUUUUAAACAAAGAUCCUAAAAGUGUAUUGUUGCAAAUAUGAAUCUAAGGAAUAGUUCAGUAAUUAUUGCCUAAAAUGUGAAAGCAUAUUUUGUAUCCUAAAAUGAAUGUAUCAUAUUCUAAACAUCUCUUUUUGUAUAACAAACAAUUGAAACAUUUCCUUCUAAAUAUAUGUUAUUUAAUAGUUACAUGUAUUGUAGUCAUUCUUUCUAAAUUCUUUGCUAGUCAUUUCUUCCUGGGAAUGCAGAGAAAAGAGACAACUUUAUGAGUUGUUUCCAACUUCAUAAUUAAAUUUUCUAUGUUAAUGUAACAUAAAUUAGAAAAAAUAAGUGAUUCAAAAAUGAAAAUAUUUACUUUGUAGAAUAUGACUUUAGACAUCACUGUAUCCAUCUGUACUUGGCAGCAACAUGAGAAGUGUGAUACAUGUGUACCCAACAAAUUCAAAGUUGCGCUUUUCAAGAUUUGAGAAAGUACUAAAACUUAGUACUAAGAUAUGAGAGGGAAAAUAUGUGUAAACCUCUUAGUGCUAUUUUCACUGGCUAAAUUCUUUAUUUCUUGACUUUUUAAAAAAUUUGGUUAUUAAAAUUAAAACAAUAUGCUAGAAGACAUUCUGGCAGAAAUAAGUCUAUAACACUAUUUUUGUCACAUAUCUUUUCCUUGGAAAAAUUUAUCCAACUAUAGAAAUCUUAAACCAUACAAAUUGUUCUUGUUAAAAAUGACUAAUACUGGAGGUGCUCAAUAUGCAUAUAGUGCGUUUUUCAUUGAUAAUUUUUAUUUAGUUAUUAAGAAACCUAUUCUUAAUGUUGGCAUGUCAUAUUUUUCUGUUUCUAUAAUCAGAAACUGUGUAGUCUGUUAUACCAUAAAAAAAAUGGGAAGCUACUUUUGGAAUGUAACAUGUUAACAUGACAGCAUACUCCUAAUAGUCAUCUUAAUCUUCCUAAUAUAAGCAUUCACAUGUGGUUAUUUGUAGGAAAUAUCUCUACUUAUGAGAUGUUUUUUGGUGUAUUUUGUUAGAAUUGGUGACACAGUAAAUCAUUCUGCUUUUGGAUUUGCCUCACUGCCUGCAUUCUUCUUUGAUUCUGGUAUAGUAAAACCUAUUAUUUAGUAUUAAACUUAAUAAAAGAGCAUUUAAGAGAAGUGACAUUUCAAACAUCCACAACACAACUGACUUUUGAAAUCCUAUGCUUAAUAGUCUUUGUAAUUCUAAAAGACCUUUUGAAAACUUUAAAAUAUUACAUUAUAUGUUGUAAUGUUGUUACAUGAAUUUUAUAGUUAUGUAUAUUUUAUAGAUCUCUAUAUCUUUGUAAGUUACUUGCUUGUAUGCUAUAUAAUUGCUUUCUCAGUUAACCAUACUGUUUAUGGAAUUGUAUAUAUUGAUUUUUCUAUUUUUACAUUUUAAAAAUAAAAGUUUAGGGAAUUUUAAGGAAAAACUCACAUUUUAUUAAAAAGACAAGGGAUAUUAUAUAGGAAUUUUAAGCUAACUUUUAAUGGAAAGGACAUACAUAUUUGAAUGAUGGAGCAAUUAUAGUAUAGUUAAAAAUGUAAGUCCCUGUUUUAAAUUUUAUAGUAUAUAAAUAUAUGUGCUAAUGAACCAGUGACUCUGCAGAGAGGAAGUCACUUAGAGUAAUUCAUGAUUUUGAUACAGCUAUAGAUCAUAUCUUAUUUUACAUAUUACUUUUGACUUCCUGUUUAAGUUGUUAUCAGUUAGGAGAGAAUUGUGUACAUUAGGCUAUGUUUACUGCAGAUUAUGUAACAUGCUUUUAUCAGAUUAUGGUUUGUAGUGCUUGCAGAUAUAAAACAUGUACCUUGAUAAGCUGUAAUCACUACCAGGUUGACCAGCAAGGACAAACAUGAAAUGCUUACAAAAAAGAAAGUACUUUAAAAAAAGAAAUAGAAGGUAAUGAGCAUAUAUAAAACAAGCCAAGCAAGAGAAGAGCAAAGAGAAUCUGCAGAGUAGACAUGGAUGUAUUAGUUUCUGAUCAUGAGAAGAAGCUCUUGUCAUAUCCUUCCAUUUUUAUUUUAAAGUUCUAUAAACUACUGAGGAAAAUUGAUUUCUUGGAUGUACUUAAUAAAGAAUAAAUGCUUCAUAUUGGA